CUGAAGAACGUUCUCAAACAUGGCAGCCUCCUUGCUAGGCAGGAGGACAGCUACGCUAGUUGGUCUUUCGAGUUUAAAAUCUUUCCUACCGAUUAUUUCGCAGAGCUGCAUCUUACAACAGACAGCUAGUUAUAACCCAAAGCCACUUCGAUUAAAUUUAAAGGAUCCUUAUAUUCCGGACAGGAACAGUGAAAAGACACCGGAAUGGCAAAAGACAGACAAGUAUGACCGCAAGCUUUUUGGUCGGUAUGGCUAUGCUUCCGGCGUGGAUCCCGUGAAGCUGUGGCCCACUCCUGCUCAGCUACAGGAGGUCAUCGCUGAAGAAAAAGAAUGGUACCCUCCGCUCGAAGAGAUCCUACAAAACAUCGCGGUAAAACAGCAGGAGAAAGCUGCUAAACAACUUGCAAGAGAGAAGCUCAUAGCUGCCAACAUGGCCAAAAUGCCCAAGAUGAUUCUAGAUUGGAAGAAGGAGAAGCAGGAGACCAAGAGAAAAGCCAAGGAGGAGAAGGCCAAGAAGGAGAGGCUCCUGGUAUUGGCGCGUGAGCGUUUUGGCCAUGCUGUGGACCCGCGUAGCCACAAAUUCCAAGAGAUGGUGGCCGAGAUCGAGAAAGAGGAGAAGAAGAGGAGGAAGCUCCUGAAGCGCCAGAAGAGACAAGAAGAGCAGGGGCUGACUGCUCUUAGCCCCAAUAGAGCUGGUUGAACUGGUUACCCCCAGCAGGUUACUGCAGCUGCAGUAGAGACAAACUGCAUGGAACGCACAGACUCCUGUAUAUAGCUUUUCCUUAGUCCUACCAAUCUUGUCCCUCUUUUGUUAAACUGAAAUCUGUGUAAAAGAUGUACAGCCAGGUAGUUAACCCAAGAAAACUGCAUAAAUACUGCAGCACAGCAUAUAUGGAUUCUUAUUUUAGUCAUCACUUGUUUAAAGCCACAUUUUGUAGGCUAUAAUCUGAUGUGUCUUGAUGACACUACACUUGAUUUACAAGCACCAAGGCAUCUUAAAUAAAGGGGGUCUCAGAUUGUC